AUGCGUGAUUGGCUUGCUCUUCCAUUAUCACCUAGUACAGUCAGUCAUACUAAUAACGAAGGAAGUCUGGCUACUACAACUACCGCAACUACAAGUGAUGAUGACACACAAAAUUAUGAUAUAAUAAACAGCAAAUCAGCUAACACCACCUCAACCGACGGUGAACUCACAGAGAAUGAUGAAAGACCUGAACGAAGAAAAAGAAAGCCAAGUUGGUUUUCUAUUCUGAAAGUGUUUGGUGUUUCGAAUAAAGUAAAGAGCAAAUCAUCCAAAGCAAGAAAGAAGCUGAGUAUCAGUAAUAGAAGCAACUCUAGUGCAACCGUUUCAUCUAUAGCUUCUUCUAUUGCAACUACAGCGCCAGAGCAACCCAUCUUUGAAGAACGUAAUGAUUCAAAACAAAGUGAACAAGCACAAGAAGCAUUAAUGGGAGAACAACAACAGAAACAAGAGCAAUCAUCAUUACUUGUAAAUGAGAUUAUAAAAGAAGACGAAGGAGAACACAUACAAAAGCAAGUAACACAAAACGCAAGGACCAUCUUACCUAAAGAGUUUGGUGAAAAUAAGGCAUCUGAGCCCAUUAUAGUAGCAAAACAAGAAGAGGAACUGCAAGAAGUGGAAGAGCUCGCGGUGUCCUCAUCGCCUUCACUCCAUAGGAACAGUAUUUCAUCAGCAAAUAGCAGCAUCGUUUCAACAGAUGUUGACUCUGAUGAUAACUCUACACCUUCUAAUUCGCAGAUACUGUCUGCACCUACAACCGCUGGCAAUGACUUGAAUAACCAAAAGGCCACCGCUGAAACAACAGUAUACACUAAGGUUUGUUGGAAUCACGGUGGUUAUAAAGUUCAAGUUACGGGAGAAUUCGAUAAUUGGUCAGUCUCCAUCAAUAUGAUCAAAGAUACUGAAAACCCCAAUCGUUAUUUUGCAGAAAUACCUAUACCUAAUGUGAACAAGGACAUGGAAUUUAAGUUUGUUGUAGAUGGAGAAUGGAGAUACGCAGAGGAGUUACCACACCGCACUGAUUGGCGUAAGUCGUAUAACAGCAAAAAAUCCAUAGACUCAUAA